CGGGCUGGGAGCACAGAGGGCGGUGCUUGAGUGCGGAGUGACAGCACCUGUGGUGAAGAGGCCAGUCUGUCCCCUGCCACAUGAGCCACCGCCUGGGCAGACAUGGAGCACUGCUGGGUCUUCUGGGGCCUUGUCUUGUGGAUGAUUGCUCCCUGCCUGGACCUGACACAUGAUUUGGCACCCCAGCAAGAAUGGACAUACAUGGUACCACAGCAAUGUAACUGGUUCUGCUUCAAAUUUGGAAAGCAUGGCUGCCCUUCAAAAAGCCCCAACUGUUCCACCUGCCACCACACAGCUAGGGAAGCAUGUUAUGAGAAGUUCAUGGGAUACUGGAGGACAAAAGCUCUCUGGUGGCUGGGCAUGAACUCAGUGAGCAAGCAUGGGACAGUGUGGAAGAAGCCAUCCGGAGUGACUCCCAAUUCUCUCCUGCACCAUUUUGAUUUCCACUGUGUGUCCUGUGCCAUGCUGGGGAAUUCUGGCUUCAGCAAUAUCAACCAGUUAUUCUACAUGGCUUUCAGGACGAAUCAGGCCUCCAACCACAGCCAAACAGCAGGACCCUUCAUCUGUCCCAGGAACGCCAGUCACCAGGGUUUCUGGGGGCAGCACUGGUUACUGCAGCUUGCUGAUCUGGUGCCCCAAGUGACACGAUUUUGGAGGAUGGUCUGAUUGCCUAGAUGCACAAGAUAGUAAACAUGAGGUAAGAAGGUUGUGGCUCUGAUCUGCUCUGAGCAAGGACUCAGGCUAGCCCAGGUACUACUAAACACAGGCAACUAGCUGGAUAACCAGGGUGAGUGGCCAGAGUCUGGUCUGCAUGGUCAGCACAAACUCAUUGCAUACUUCAUAUCUUCAGCCCAGAGGCCAAAGUUGUGUGUCUAUACUGAUAUAAUAUAUCCCCGCCUUCCUCCGUGCUAUUCUGCCCUUCAUGUUUACAAAGCUUAUUUUAUGUGCAUGAGUAUUUUGCCUGCAUGUAUGCAUGUGCAUCAUGUUCAUGUCUGGUGCCCUCAGGGGUGAGAAGAGGGGCUGGAUUCCUUGAAUAUGGAGUUACAGAUGGCUCUGAGCCAUCAUGUGGGUAUAGAACCAAACGCAUGUUCUCUGCAAGAGCAACACAAGCUCCUAAACAAUGAGCAUCUCUCUAGCUCUUAUACAGUUCCCCAGCACUCUAGCUCUCUAGCCGCCUUUUGUCUCAACUUGCCGCCCCCAGCCCCCUUAUUUGGAGACAAAAGUUUGGCUGGCUAUCCUGGAACUCACUCUGUAGACCAGGCUGGCUUUGAAUUCGCAGAAAUCCUCUUUUGUGAGAUUAAAGGCAUGUGAUAGCACCAUGUGGCUACCUUUUACCUUUUUACAGGCCCUUCCCCCAGCAUAACAGGCAUCAGCUAGUUGAUGUUCUUUUUGAGGUCCGGGGUAAGUCUAUGAGAGUGUUUAUCACACUGAGUUGAGUCUGUAUUUCCUGGGGAAGUGGAACUCCAUUCUCUUCCAGCUCUAGAGACAGCCUAUCACUAGCUGUUGAAAGAGGGAACUUGGGAUAAAGGACAGGAUUCAGCCUGCUGACAUGAACAUCCUUGCUCAUAUGCUAGGCCGCCCUCUCUGGAUUUGGAUCAGAACAGCAAAGAAAGAAGUUCUAUCACUGACAGAAUGAUAAUCAGACCAAAGGCCCCCAAAAGGCCCCCAUGGACUAGAAAUGGAAGCUGCUUGUCAGCUAAGAUGGGCAGACAUGCCACCAUUCACAAGUGACAACGAGCUGAAUGCUGGAUUUUUAGUGUCACAACAGCCACAUAAUUAUGAAGACAUUCAUGGGUAAAGAUAAAAUGGUGUGACAUCAGCCUGGUUCUGAAUAAAAUCUUGGUCUGGUACUCCCUGCAAACAUAGUAUCUGGGGAGGAAGGGUCAGAUCUCAGGGACAAUCUCUCUCUUUCUUCCAGCCACCCUUCUACGUAUUCAUUUAUCCAUCCAUUUAUCUAAUUAUCAUCUAUUUGUUUUUCUUGGGCAGAAAUUUACAAUGUAGC